UGUCGACAAUAUUACAGAUCAAGGAGCUGAGAGCACAACUCAACAUAGAAGAGAAAGAGAGGAGCCAUAAUGAUGGUAUCGCCGUCAAGGAAGAGGAAGCAGCACCACCGGCGCCGGUGACGGCCGAUGAUAUGCCGGAUAUGGGUCACCGUACGCCGCCGCUACUACCGGCGGAGAUCGAGUACGAGAUGUUCAACAUAUUCCCACGCGCCGACAGCUUCAAGGAAGGGCCAGCCGACAGCAGCGACUCGAGCGCCGUCCUGAACGAGGAGGGACACUGCCACGUGGCGGCGGUCGAGAUGACGUUGGGGUGUUUUGGUAAUUUCGUGAAGAUGGAAGAGCAUGGAGAUCUCUUCACCGGAGAGGAGGCUUGCAAGCUGUUCGCCGACGACGAACAGUGGGGGGUCUGAAGAAGAAACCAGACGAGGGAGAGAACACGGAGGGUAAAACCGGAAUGGAGAAAAAUCGACCCACGUGCGGUUUUGGUGAGAAUUUGAAGCACGUGCAGCCGUAACCCUAAUGGUUUUCGCCAUGACUUUAUAAAGGAUUGGUGGAAAAAAGAUUGAAAUAAUUAAGCUGGCAACAAAAUUUUAAUGUGACGGAAGAAAAUUUUAAUGUUACCCUGGAUUAAGUUUAAGUAGUAAUUAGUUCGUAUACUAUCA